AAGAACACGGGGAAUAUGUUCCACUACUUCAGCGAUAUGCUACUGUUCGUCACACAAACAUCAGGCAGCAUUUUAUCUCUGCGUAUCUCUGCUUUCAUGGAGCAACUGAAGAAAAAUACGGGUUCCACUGAAGAUCCGUCAUCCAUCAUCGGACAGUUUGGAGUAGGUUUCUACUCAAGUUUUAUGGUUGCAGACAAGGUUGAGGUGUUCACACGAUCCAGCCUCAAGGACAGUCCGGGCUACAGGUGGAGCUCUGAUGGAACAGGAACAUACGAGAUUCAAGAAGCAGAAGGUGUACAGCCUGGAACAAAGAUUGCCUUGCUUUUGAAACAAGAGAGUCGAGAGUUUAGUGAUGAAGACACGGUCAGUGCCCCUUUGGCUAAUGGAUGCCAAAGAUGUGACUCCUUAAAUGCAUAAUGAGUUCUACAGAUUUGUUGGCACAUCAUAUGACAAGCCCCGGUUCAUUCUGCACUACAAGACUGAUGCCCCAUUGACUUUACGAG